AUGACAUCAUCUUCAUCUUCUUCCUCAGCGUCUCGAUCGACCACCAAAGCUUCAGCAGCAGCAACCACAGCAUCGAAUCUCUCAUCUACCAAGCCAACCUCAGCAGCAGCAGCAAGCAGUCUGGCUUCAACUUCGUCAUCGUCAGCAGCAAAACCAUCAACAUCAGCAUCAUCUGGUGGCUCCAAAGAUAAGAAAGAUAAGAAGGAGAAGAAGAGGAAAUAUGUCAGGAUGGCAGCUGGAAAUGUUUGGGAGGAUGUCUCACUCAAUGAAUGGGAUCCAGAUGACUUCAGAUUAUUUUGUGGUGAUCUCGGGAAUGAGGUGACAGAUGACGUUUUGAAUCGGGUCUUCUCCAAAUAUCCUUCCUUUCAAAAAGCUCGAGUUAUAAGGGACAAACGAACGAACAAAACCAAAGGAUUUGGAUUUGCCAGUUUCAAAGAUCCAACAGACUUUAUGAAGGCGAUCAGAGAUCUCAAUGGCAAGUACGUUGGAAAUCGUCCAAUCAAAUUGAAGAAGAGCUGCUGGCAGGAUAGGCAAUAUGAGAACAUGAAGAAAAGAGAGAGAGAGAAGAAAAGGCUUGGAUUCAGAUAG